AUGAAAAGUUAUCUUUUCAAAAUUGACAUAAAAAGGUACAAUCUAAACCAAUCAAAAAGGGUUUAUACAGUCGCCAGACUCACCGAUGAUGCAACUAUUAUAUCUAAGUGGUGUGAUUUGAUUUAUGAGGAAGCGAGUACUGUGUCAUCUGUUGCUGACAAUGCAAAAAUAGGUGAAACUACUCCCUUUUCUAAGAAGCGUCUCUCUGGAGAUAUCAACCACGAGGAUGGUGGUGAUGGUGUGCCGCAUUCCCAAGGUUCAUGCAAUGGAAAAAAUGUGAAAGUGAAGAUUGAAAAAAUGCACGAUUGA